AAUUCAUCAAAACCCUAAUUCCCAAUUCCAUCACAGUGUGUACCUCCGCUCCCCCAAUCCUCCCCAACCAUGGCGGCCCCGACCCCGACCGAAUCCGUCCAAUGCUUCGGGCGCAAGAAGACAGCCGUUGCCGUCACUCACUGCAAGCGCGGCCGCGGCCUGAUUAAAAUCAACGGAGUUCCGAUCGAGCUCAUCCAGCCGGAAAUCCUCCGCUACAAGGCGUUUGAGCCCAUCCUCCUCCUCGGCCGCCACCGCUUCGCCGGCGUCGAUAUGCGCAUCCGCGUGAAAGGAGGCGGUCACACCUCCCGGAUCUACGCUAUCCGCCAGUCUAUUGCCAAGGCACUCGUUGCCUACUACCAGAAGUACGUCGAUGAGCAGUCUAAGAAGGAGAUCAAGGACAUUCUCGGCAGGUACGAUCGUACCUUGCUGGUGGCUGAUCCCCGUCGCUGCGAGCCGAAGAAGUUUGGAGGUCGCGGUGCUCGUGCGAGGUUCCAGAAAUCCUACCGUUAAAAUGUUGUUCGUAUCUAUGUCAGCCGAGAAAUUGCAUUCCACACAAUCAAUGGCGGACCUGCAUGUAUGUACCGAGGGGCUUAAGCUCCUAACAAAUUUAAUUUUUUUACAUUAUUCUCGUAGUCAAUUUUAUGUAAAUUGUAAUGUAAAAGCCCAUACCAGCGACCGUUAUCAUCUAAAAAUAUAUUUUCGAAUAAAUAUUACUAGUAAAGAGCCUCUACUAAUUGAUA